CUCUCACAGCCUCUGCUUCCACUGUGACAAUACAGGCUGACCCAGACCACAGCAGAAUGCUGCCCAGUGGCUGGACAGGCCCAGAUGGUCCCAGCUGGCUUGCAAAGCAGGGGACUACUGGCACCAGUGGAAGCAGUAAGGCUCAGGACAGCACUCUGUCUGUCUAUGACAACUUGGACACACUCCAGCGCAUUGAUGAGGUGGCUGCUGAUGGUGGUGUGGGCAGCACUGCUGGUCCAGUGGAGGUGGAGGCGGGCAUGGCAAGCGUGGCAGACACCAGCAGCUCAUGGUCCUUCUGUGAGAUUCUGCCCCUGGACGAUAGUGGGAGUGGUGUGGUCAAAGCUAGCCUAGGACGGAGGUCCACCAGGUUCCACUCCUUCUGGACUGACCCAGGGGAGGACCUCCAUCCUAACUCCCUAGCCUCCUCCUCUGUCCCUACUGAUGCCCCCCUGAGCACGGGCAGCUCGGAGGUCUUCCUGCCCUCUGACCCCCACGUCCCCCCGGCCUCCCAGGCCAUGUACACUCUCCUGGCUGGCCUCAAACAACAGAUGGCCAGGCAGAGGACUGAGUUCGAGGCCAAGAUCCAGAGGUUUGAGCUGCGUAACGAGGCCCUCCACGGGGAGGUUGUGGGACUGCGGGCCAGCCUGGCGCAGCAGCGCCGCUGGUACAGUGUGGCCGAAAUCAAGAUCCGCAACGUGGAGCGUGCCCGGGCCGACGCCGACCGCCGCAACGCCACGCUGCAGAUGGAGAUGGAGCAGUUCUUCGACACCUUCGGAGAGCUGAGAGCUGAGGCCAGCAAGAGCGAGCACAUCGUACAAAGCUUCUGAUGGCCAUUCAGAUUAGAGAAAGAUGACACUAUCAGAGCACUACAAGAGCAGCAUCAGGAGCAUGCAAUCACCCGUGAUCUGAAUGGAAUAUAGAGUGAACUGUCUGUUGCCAUGAUAAAUCCAUUUUGGAUUUGUCUCAUAAUGAUCCAUUCUUGAGGAUGGUUCUGAGAAAGCUUUGAGAUGGAACCAGCUGGGAUGGACAACUCUGCUUGGAUGUCUUGGACAUAAUGUAGUUCAACCAGAUACAUUGACAACCAGAACAGAAUGAGAUGGAGAUGAUGGAGAGUAACACAAGCUAUUGAACUCACUAAAUGUUUCUAUGACUGAAAUGAGCCCUAUAAUAUACAGAAUUAAAGCUUGGAGAAUGACACUUACUGGAUCUAUAAUGGAAUGGAUUGGCUGACAGCUGGGGGUUGGGAUAACAGACAGCCCCAAUCAGUCCAUCCUGAGCCACAUAGGAAAAGUACUGAAAGAGAUGUUGAACACAGUGAUCAUCUAGGAAGUAACAGAACAAGCCAAUGGAGCAGAGAUAUUCAAAUCUUACCCUACGAGGUCCAGACUACUGCUGGUUUUAUGUUCUACCUUAAAAUGAAUUGCACCCACAUGGUGUCCCAGGUCUACAUCAAUUCCUGAAUAGAGGGAAAUAAUGAGAGAAAAACCCCCAUUAAAACUGGCUUCGAGGUACAUAUUUGAAUAUGAGGACCAUAGAAAAAAAAUUGUGUAAAUGCAGAGAGGAUCUACUAUUCCCAAUCUUUGACAAAAUCCCACAUCAAUUUAGGCACCGUGUAAAAGCUGAUCUUAAAUAUAAUCUGAUUUAAUGCUUCCAAGCAUUUGGGUAAUGUUCUGAGUUUGUCUAAUAGUCUAAGAAAAGACUCAUGUUUUUUUCCCCCACUGCUAUAAUUAUGAAUGAUUAUAUAAUUUGGGACCCAUCUGAACACUUUUCCACCUUGUUAUGACAGAACAGGCUGAGUAACACCUUUCAACAGAUGUCUUAAAAAUACAAGACACCAAAUCAAA